AUGUCGUCAAUUACAAUUAUUCCUCGUACAUAUUCAUCAACAACAUCAUCAAACUUACCAAAUAUUAAUAUACCACCAAUGCGUCCCGCUUAUUUAAAUCCAAUACCACCACCACGUUCAAUUCCACCUACUUAUCAACAUAUGGUCCAACAAGUUCAACGUAAACCAGCAUUAUACGGAGCUGGCCAACGUAAGUAUAAUCAUUUUCAUAAAUUUCAAAUAGGUACAACAACAACAUUUAAUGGUUAUACAAAUUAUAAUGGUACAAAUAAUAUUAACUUACCUCCUAUACCAGUACCACGUCGUAACUUACCACCAGUACCAUUAUAUAAUAAUAAUAAUAAUAACAAUAAUAAUUACCAACAACGAAAUUAUAAUUACAAUCGUUACAAUAAUUAUCGUAGACCCAAUUAUUACAAUAAUAAUAAUAUUAAUAAUAAUACAAAAAACUUACCAUCUUUACUUGAUAUUAAUCCAUUUCAUUUACCAUCUGAACAUAAUACCCGCUCAUUCCAUCACGCCCAACAAUACCAUCCAAAUCAACAACAUCAUCUACAUUUACCACGUCCAACAUCUCGUACCCGUUUUCAUCUUUUAUCACAAUUACCAUCUCAAUCUCGUUCACGUUCACGUUCACCAUUUCGUCCACCACCAAUUAAACCACGUCGUAUUUACCAACAAAAUAAUAAUAAUAAUAAUAUUAAUAAUAAUAAUUAUCGUCGUCCACCAGUACCACUACCCAAUAUUAAUAAUAAUAAUAAUAAUAAUUUAAAAGGAAUUAUACUAUCCGAUUCAAUGUGUUCUCGUGUGAGAACUUAUGCAUUAAAAAAUAAUUAUGUUAACGUUGAAUUAUCUUAUGAAUCAGGUUGUGAUAUUGUUAAAAUGAUAAAUUGGUUACAAACACCUGAAGGUCAACGUACGGUAGGAGAUAAACAAUUUUUAGUUUUUUCAUUGGGUACUAACGAUGUGGGACGGUACGGUGUUGAUGUUUCUCUGCAGCGAUGUAGUGAGAUCAUACGUUUCGUUCGUCAGUCAUUCCCUGGUAUCCGAGCCAUUGGUUGGUUAGCUUUGUCACCGCGAUGGAAACCAACGAGAUUCGUCUCUGCGGCCAACAUCGGACAAAUGCAUAACCAAUUUAAUGAGCAUCUUCGAUUCUUAUCUAAGCAAUUAGAUUUUGAUAUUGUUGAUGCGCGUCUCGGACCCUUGGACAUGCGUGUAGAAGAUGGGUUACAUCCAUCAACUACCACUGGCCGACGGAAAUAUGAAGGAGCUCUUCGUGAAUGGUUCUCUUCCCGUGCCGUCGCACAUUUUUCUUCUUCUUUAUUUCAGCAUCACCACCAGCGUCAACCAACAUUAACAACACCAACACCAACAUAUGCCUCAAUAUUGAACCAUCACCAAAUACUCAGUUCACAAAAAGAAUUAACAAUGUCGUCAAUUACAAUUAUUCCACGUUCAUAUGCCUCAACAACAUCAUCAAAUUUACCAAAUAUUAAUAUUCCACCAAUGCGUCCUGCAUAUUUAAAUCCAAAACCAGCACCACGAACAAUUCCACCAACUUACCAACAUCUUACUCAACAAGUUCAACGUAAACCAGCAUUAUAUGGGGCUGGCCAACGUAAGUACAACAAUUUUCAUAAAUUUCAAACAGGUACAACAACAACAUUCAAUGGUUAUACAAAUUAUAAUGGUUCAAACAAUAUUAACUUACCACCUACACCAGCACCACGUCAAUACUUACCACCAACACCAUUUUAUAAUAAUAAUAAUCGUUAUCAACAACAACAAAAUUACCAUUAUAAUCGUUACAAUAAUUAUCGUCGACCCAAUUUUUACAAUAAUAAUAAUUAUAAUAAUAAUAUCAAAAAUUUACCAUCUUUACUUGAUAUUAAUCCAUUUCAUUUACCAUCUGAACAUAAUACCCGGUCAUUCCAUCAUGCCCAACAGUAUCAUCCAAAUCAACAACAUCAUCAACAUUUACCACGUCCAACAUCACGUACCCGUUUCCAUAUAUUAUCACAAUUACCAUCUCAAUCUCGUUCCCGAUCACAUUCACCAUUUCGUCCACCACCA